AUGGACGUCGAUCAGCACACUGUGGCCACCAUAAGCGAAAUCGACCGAACACUCAGAUCUCUUGGCAUACAAGAUGAUUACACAAGUACUCUUUCUCAGCCCUCCAUUACUUAUAGCCCUUUAGUUUCUGUAAGUACUGCAGUGACGCGAGCAAAUGGUGCUGCACAGACGAACAGGUCGACCUGUGUGAGUACCGGUGUCCAAAAAAGCCCGUCAUUGGUGCAACAAGGUGUUCAACAUUCUCCACAGCAACGUGUGACAUCGUCUCAGACAGAAAACGAAGCUGACACACAAGAGUGCUUUGAGAAAGUCGCGAGCUCAGUUGUAUCUGUGAGCGCUAUAUUGGAAGAGAAGCUUCAAGAACUCGAAUGCACCUCGAAUAAAUUAGAUGCACUUUUUGCAAAACUGACCAGACUGGAGGGUAAUGCUAACUCAGCGACAAAGUGCUUGCACCUUUUACAACAUAGAUGGACGAUAUACAUUCUGGAAAGGGAAGAGAUAUCGACUCGAAGUGUUCUGCUCAACUGCGAGUCCAAUACGCGGAUAGAACUCAUAUCCCUCCUGUAUGGCGAGUUGGUGCGUCUCGUUGCAGAAUCCAAAGAACGAGUGCUAUCAAAGCCUUUGAAUGGGCUAAAAAGACUUCUUCCGAAUCGGGUUAUAGCAAAUCCUAGCGUAGUCAAGGAUACACCGAACAGCUCCCUCAACGAUCUCACUGAGCUGCUGGAUGAGUGCUGGCGAGUUCUAGAUGAAUAG